AUGAGGGGAUGGAAGUGUUCUGCUAUCUCUCUGACGCUCUGUGCCGCCGCUCUCUCACUGUUCUCCUCUAGAACCUCAGUUCCCACAGGAACACGUCACCUGCACACCACACCACUGCUGUCAUCUUCAUCCUCAUCACCAUCAUCAUCAUCAUCAUCAUCAUCAGCGUCCUCAUUCUCUUCAUCAUUAUCUUUGUCUUCGUCAUCUUCCCCUACAUCAUCAUCAUCAUCGUCAUCGUCGUCAUCAGCAGCAGGAGCAGGAGCAGGAGAGGCCUCCUCCCGACCCAGAUCAGUGGGCGGAUUCGACUCAGUCCUCUCAGAGUUCUUGGACAUGUUCCAGAGCUUCACAGAGAGCGAUUUGAAGCAGCUGAUCGGCACUCUGGCGGACAGAAAAACCCGUCGGGCCUCCAUUCAGAGUAAAAGAACUAAACGUGCGAAGAAGCCAUCGAAUAAGUGUUCUCUCAAAGACAUUACCCUGACCGUCACCGACCUGGGUUUAGGCUAUAUAAGCAACGAGACUAUUAACUUUCGCUACUGCAGCGGAAACUGCAUGGACCAGCGCCGCAACUAUGACCUGACACUCAAGUUUCUGAAGAGUCAAAAUGUGCUAAAGCGCCAAAAAAAGGAGAAAGUGCAGCACCUGCCCUGCUGUCGACCAGUGGCCUACGAGAAGGAUAUCUCUUUCCUGGACAACUCUUACAUGUACCACACCAUUAAAGAGGUCUCCGCACGGAGGUGUGGAUGUUUUUAA